AGCAAGCAAGCCCCAUUAUUUAGUCCUGUCGUCAAAGGAAACUGCGCGUAAAUAGACGAACAGCCAGCCGUGUUGUAAAAGAUCGGUUCAAGUCUGUAGCCACAUAUGACGGUGAGUUAGGAGGAAGGGAAAAUCCAGCUGGACAGCGAUGAUUAAUUCGGCAUAUGAGAGAUUUAAAUAAUGUAAUAGGAAGUAAAUCUUUUUUUUCUUAGGGUGAAAUCCAAAAAUUGUCUUACUCACAUAGGCACGUUUUAUUUAUGCAAAUGUAUAAAACCAACAAACCCUGUCAAUGAAUACCGCUAAUGUGUGGGUAAAACCAGGCUUGGAAACAGAGCGAGAGAACGGAUCCCAUUCAAAUGCAGUAUCUGGGAUUGUGCUCUGAGAAAAGCUAAAUAAAUUCCCUUCUGUCGCACGACUGAAAUGGAGGACUCUGCCUUACAGAACACACAUUACACUGACCGCAGCUUCUAUUCAGGGUACAGGGUGAUGUAGUGUGGAUGGUACCAUGUGAAAAAUGAGUAUCCUGAUCUCUGCGAGAAACCUGCUGCUGGCACUUAGUCUCAUGCUGGUCCUGGGCUUCCUCUACUACUCUUCUGGGAAGCUGCACAUGCGUGGAUGGGGCCAAGAGUCAUAUUCUGAGGGGGAUCCAUUUGUCUCCGUGGGACGAACAGUAGGCUCAGAUGGCCAAUGUGUUCCAGACCUGAGGUCUAAGAGGCAGCAUGGCCUGGCGUAUGACAAACUAGGCUUCCUGGUGAAACUUGAUGCUAAACUCCCACUAGAGUUGACGUACAAAUAUGGCAAUCUCAGCGAGGGAGCCUGCAAACCUGGGUAUGCAGCAGCCAAGAUGACGACCAUCUAUCCAAAGUUCACUAAACCAGCCCCAAUGUUUCUAGAUCGGAACUUUAAACGACUGUCAAGAAUCGGUCAUUAUUUGCCUCCGUUUGGGGUCAAAACACAAGAAAAAAUAAUCGACAGUAUUUUGGCUCUUACGAAAAAUUACGGACUGUCCUCUGCUCUGGAUAGUCUGAACUGUAAGAGGUGCAUCAUUGUUGGGAAUGGCGGGAUCCUUGCUAACAAGUCUUUGGGGUCCCGGAUCGAUGACUAUGACGUUGUUGUGCGGUUGAAUGAGGCUCCAGUGAAAGGAUUUGUGAAAGACGUGGGUUCAAAAACAACAGUAAGGAUCACGUACCCCGAAGGAGCCAUCCAGAAUUCCGAUCGCUAUGAGAAGGACUCCCUCUUUGUCUUGUCUGCGUUCAAACCCCUUGACUUCAAAUGGCUCAAGCAGAUUGCAUCCAAGGAGAAGCUGCGUGGGAUAGACGGAUUCUGGAAGUCGGUGGCCCUGCAGGUCCCCAAAGCGCCCACAGAGAUGCGCAUCCUGAACCCCUACUUUAUCCAGGAGGCUGCCUUCCACUUCAUCGGGCUGCCACAGAACAAAGGGCUCAUGGGGAAAGGGAAUAUUCCCACCCUGGGCACGGUUGCUAUAACAAUGGCCCUUCAUAACUGUGACGAGGUGGCGGUGGCAGGUUUCGGGUAUGAUAUGAAUACCCCUUACGCACCCUUGCAUUACUACGAGAGCAUCAAGAUGUCUGCCAUUAAAGAGUCUUGGACCCACAACAUUGGGAAAGAGAAGGAGUUUCUCCGCAAGCUGGUGAAGGGCAAAGUUAUCACCGACCUGACAAACGGGAUCUGAAACAUGUUGUAGUUGGGGGAAAAAAAACCCUUCCAAAUGAUUAGUAGAAGGGAGAGUGCCCCGGGACAGGUACCAGACAACAGCUGAGUACAGCUAGGACCCCAUCCCCGUCAAAAAGAUGGUGGAAAAGAAAACUGGCAACGCAGCUGUAGCAAAUUCCCAGAGUAUCGGACGUACCCAGUUGGCACCUGUGUCAUUGGGCAAAAGCUGCUUGGGAGAGGGGAGGGUGGGUGGGGGUAUUUUACUUAGUGAUAUUUUAUGUAGUCUCUACAAACCGAAGCAUUAAGUAUUUUAAUUUUUAAAAAGAGUGGGAAAAAAUAGUUAAAGAAAAAAUGAUAAAACAGAAGACAAUGUAGGAUGUGCCAAAUGUACCUCUGGAGGAGACACCCUCCGUAAUGUGUUUUGAAUGUAUACAACAACGUUAGACAUCAGAGAAUCGCCUUAUUAUUAUCGGUUUUCAGUUGUUUGCAUCGCCAUUUCGAUAACUAUUUCUAUGAGAGAGUCUCCGUCCAGGUGUCAACGUACAUCUGCUGCUAUCGCUGAGAAAGGGCAAGGUGCUCUGUUUUGAGAAUUCACUUCAGUUUUUAAACACCCGACAUACUGGAUUAUUUGUGUGAUAUUUAUUUUCUCAACUGGAAUGAAUCCUGAAAACACAACAAACAAAAAAAUGGUUGACGGUUUCAAAAUCUCUGCAAGUCUGAAUUUCCAGUUUUGGAAAGUGAAGAUGAAAGUUUGUUCCUGGGGAUGAAGGAGUUUAAGCUUCCUUAGAACAAAGAAUUCAUCAGGAAAGAUUUUUCUGAUAUCCGCUCAUGCUUCUUAAUACCAGAGCCCAGACAUGUUUUUUGCUUGGUUGCUUUUGAGGUCUUCGAAAUUAAGCAACCAAGCUCGUACAGUUUUUCAGUGUUAUUAUCAUGGAACCUUUUUUUUUUUUUUUUUGUUAUUUAUUUUAGUAUGUUAACUGAAGGUUAAAUGAACUUCAAUAUAAUAUGGAUAUUGGUAGCAUGAAAAUUAAGUAUUAUUGCAUCAUUUAAGUGAUAAUAUAUGAUUUUUUUGUGUGUGAUGGUGGGCAGGGGUGGGCAUCUAGGUAUCCACAGAGCCUCCAGGAGGUGAAGUGACUAAAAAGUAUCUUAGCUAGACAAACAAGAUAUAUUUAUUUUUAUCCAAUAUGCAAGGAGCACAGGGUUAGAAGUAAGACUACUAGCUUAGUGGUUUGAACCAUUCCAGGUUUUACUGACAACUAAGAACUUAAUUGGGACAUCCCUAACUUGUCUGAGUAUGUGGUGUGCCUAAUAAUUACUCACUGGUGAAAUGAUUCAAACCACUAAGCUAGUAGUCUUACUUCUAACAAAUAUGUAACCCACAUAUACAAAUGAGUCGUCGAGUAAAGCUUUUAAGUCACUAAAUAACACUCUGAUUUUACACACGUGUGCAAGUUUCAAACAUAUUACAAAUCUUAUUUAUACAGAUAAAGAAAGCCAAUGGUCAGAUUGCAUUCGUGCACUCCAAUCGAUUUCAAUUAUGUGUUUGUGUUUAACUUUUUGUUUAUUUUGUUACCAGUAACAGUAAAUGGAGGUAAUUGAUAACUGAGUCAUAUUUAGGAUUGUAUUAUAACUGCUACACUAGUAGCUUUUUUUUUUUUUUUU